CCACGGUCUAGAGGCAGUGAACAGAGGUCCAACGCAAGCUCAGCUACUCAAUAGGACGGAGAGCCGUGGAACCGUGACGACGUUUUGCAGUGAACGUUUCGGAAAAACAAAUGUUAACUUUUGGAUAGUACCGUUUGCUAGGCUGUCUAGCGUAUCGGGGCCAGCUCUCAGUUUACUUACUGGCGCUCUGCGGUGGAAAUAGGAAAAAUGUCGUCUCCAAGUCCGGGUAAAAGGCGAAUGGAUACCGAUGUGGUGAAACUCAUCGAGAGCAAGCAUGAAGUCACCAUUCUCAGCGGACUCAAUGAAUUUGUAGUGAAGUUUUUUGGACCACAAGGAACACCGUACGAAGGAGGCGUGUGGAAGGUGCGAGUAGAUCUUCCUGACAAAUAUCCUUUCAAGUCCCCAUCAAUAGGAUUCAUGAACAAGAUUUUUCAUCCCAACAUUGACGAAGCGUCAGGGACCGUGUGCUUAGAUGUCAUCAACCAGACGUGGACAGCGCUAUACGAUUUGACCAACAUCUUUGAGUCGUUCCUGCCCCAGCUGCUGGCUUACCCGAACCCCAUCGACCCCCUGAACGGAGACGCAGCUGCCAUGUACCUUCACCGGCCAGAGGAGUACAAGCAGAAAAUCAAAGAGUACAUCCAGAAAUAUGCAACAGAGGAGGCUCUGAAGGAGCAGGAAGAGGGGGCCGGCGACUCCUCAUCCGAAAGCUCCAUGUCAGAUUUCUCAGAAGACGAGGCCCAGGACAUGGAGUUGUAGUGAUUGGAGGGCUCCCCCAACCCCGCUUCCUCCUUUAACCCCAACAGAGACUAUAUUUGAUUUGCUAACCAUGAGAAAGCAGACUUAUAAUAUUCAUAUUUAAACAAGUUGAUUUUUUUAUUAUUAUUAUUAUUGUUACUAAACAAGGAAUUUUAUGGAUAUCUAGCCUUUGGUGUGUUUGACAGACACCCCUCCCACCCUGUAGCUGUUUGUCCCUGCACAGAUGUCCCGACCCCGGUGUCCACAUUUGUAAGGUGCAUUUAGGCAGGAAGCCUUCCGCAGAACAUCUUGUUCCUUUUUAAAAUAUAAAAAAAAGUAUACGUUUGAACCCUAUUUU